AUGACCAAGCCAACCUUCUCCGGAAGACCGGAGCCCUCUACCACCCCCGCCUCCCGGGAGGGAGCGGCCGUGGCGCACAGGCGCCCUUGUGGCACAGUCGCGGCGGGACGGAGCCAGAAGCCGGAAGUGUUGCGCGGCGGGGACCGGAACUGCGCACAAGUCCCCCCCGCAGGCCGAAUACGGCGUUGCUCGGCAACUGUUGUGAAAACUCCUGGCGGGCUCUCUGCUCCUUGGAGCGAGCCGAAUGUAACGCCCACCUACUACUGCUUGGGCUACCUACCGUCUCGCCCGCCUCACUUCUUGCCGCCCUUGCUUGGCUCUCGAAAUCCUUGCCCCUGGCACUACUUUCACUACUUAUCCGGCUCCCACGACGCUUUAGCGCCCACCUGCCUCAAGGCCAAGCUCCACCGAAAGAGAAGCGGCCCGAAGCCGGACGUGGCCCCGGCGCUAACCGACCGCAGCUCCCCGACCAUGGGCACCUACACCUACACCAGCCAGCCCCGGGCCCUGCCCUGCCAGCGUCGCCGCUACCGGGACAACCUGUUGCAGCCAGAUGAAGAACCUGUGCGCUUUGGAAACAUAAUGUAUGACAGGAGGGUGAUCCGGGGCAACACGUACGCCCUACAGACAUUACCAUUGGCCGGGCAGCAGGACCCCCUGGAGCUCCAGAGGCAGCAGCAGGCCAAGCGGCGGACCCUGACCCGGAAGCGAGCCCAGGAGCAGCUGCGACCGCGCACGCCCGAGCCGGUGGAAGGCAGGAAGCACGUGGACGUGCAGACAGAAUUAUACCUUGAAGAAAUUGCUGACCGCAUAAUAGAAGUUGAUAUGGAAUGCCAGACAGAUGCAUUUUUGGACAGACCACCGACACCACUCUUUAUUCCCGCCAAAACUGGCAGAGAUAUGGCCACCCAGAUCCUAGAAGGAGAGCUCUUUGAUUUUGAUCUUGAAGUCAAACCAAUGCUGGAAGUUUUGGUGGGAAAGACCAUCGAGCAGGCUCUUCUGGAAGUAAUGGAGGAAGAGGAGCUGGCCAACCUGCAGGCCAAUCAGUACGCUUACGAGGAACUGCGGAAUGUGGAGCUCGCUGAAGUUCAGCGGCUUGAAGAGCAGGAGAGGCGACACCGAGAAGAAAAAGAGCGUCGUAAGCAGCAGCAGUGGGAGAUCGUGCACAAACACAACGAGACCGCCCAGAAGAUCGCUGCGCGCGCCUUUGCCCAGCGCUACCUGGCCGACCUUCUGCCGUCCGUGUUCGGCAGCCUCCGGGACGGCGGCUACUUCUACGAUCCCAUUGAAAGAGAUAUUGAGACGGGAUUCCUUCCAUGGCUCAUGAAUGAAGUUGCCAAAACCAUGGAACACAACAUGGUGGGAAGAGCAGUGCUGGACAUGUUGAUCCGUGAAGUGGUUGAGAAGAGACUGGAUAUGUAUGAGAAUAAAGAAGACGCGCACCAGCCCCACAGGCCCAUGGGUGGGUGGGAUGGCUCUGAGGCCAUGCAAGGGUCACUGGGGCCAUAUGAGCUCCACAGGCCAAACAGCUCGCCAACCCAGAGGCCCCUUGUGGACAGAGACUACCUGUCAAGAGCAGCGUAUGACAGAAGGUACAUGGAGGGAGGGCUGUACCCAGAUGAGAAAGGUGUGGAGGAGGGAGACUCCAGCGGGCAGAACUCUGCAGACACGAGGAUGUCCUUGGAGAAGGAAGAGCUGACGUGGCCUCCCAGUGCCGUGUAG